AUGUCUGCACGCUCUCGUUAUGAACCUAACCAUGGCAGAUUUGAUGAUAUUGUUGAUUAGCAUUCCAAUGGAUAUAGUUCCUGAGCAUAUUUCCUGGCCGUAUGGCUUAUUUGCCUGCAAGUUUUUGUCUCCACUUCAAGACGUAUGCCUUACAGCAUCUGCCUUGACCUUCAGUGCCAUCGCUCUGGAGCGUUACUUCGUCUCAAAAGGAAAAGCGCACAAUGAGAGGCGGAGCGCGAUUCUGGCGAUAGCAGUAAUUUGGACGACAUCAUGUUUGACAAUGGGUUUGCCGAUGGCUUUUUAUAAACAGCUGAUUUCGGAUGAUGAAAUGGUCAUGUGUGACGUCAUUUGGCCAAAUAAAAACGUCGCAAAUUUCUUUCUCGGUUACAUGAUCGUGUUGAUCGGAGGAUGCGCAUUGAUUGGGGCAGUCGUAUACUGCCGUAUCAGACGGAAUCUGUCAAUGGUGCAUAGACAACUUCAGAAAAAAAUCCAAGAUGAAAAUGCAGAGGAAAUAAGCAACGACUCAGUGGCUGAGCAAGCUCUUGCUUUGUCUAAUUUGAUGGCUAUUCUCAUCUCGGUCUACGUGUUGUGCGCUUUACCAUUUCCAGUGUUCGUCUUGCUCGUCGAAACGGGUGUAUUGAUUGAUUAUAAGUACAUCUACACGAUUUAUCUGUUUACAUCGUGUUUAUUGUACGGAAAUUGCCUCGCCAAUCCGCUGAUCCUUAUGUUCAUGAGUAGAGAUGCAAGAUUGACGUUCCUCGUCAAAGAAUCGCCAACAAAAAGAAAAACGGAACACGUAUCUUUGGAGAUUCUUCAACGGAAUUUAGCCAACGAUGCGUUUUAGAAGAAUAACAUCAGAUUUUAUUGAUGCCGCUUAACCAUUUAAAGAAAAGCGCUAAGAGUGCGCGGUAAUACAUAGAACUUUAUAAAAACAACAAUUUCAGUAACUUACUUACUCAGAGGGAUAAACGAAUGUCGAAAUACGAAAAUACUCUGUUACAUAAACCAUAUAUUCAUUUGUUCGUAGAAAUUACGGAGAGAAAUAGAGAAUAUCUAUUAGAGAAAACAGAAUAAAUAGAGAGCUCGUG